AUGUCGUAUAAAGCUGUCGCUACUUCUUCGUCGACUUGCAUGCCCACUUCAAUCAAUUGUAUUUCUUUCAUGAAAAUUGAUGCUUACUCUAGUAAGAGGCCGACAGCAUACGAAAGUAGAGUCCUCAGGAGGCCAAUCACCCGAAGUAUACUUUUCUUUUUCCAAUUUUGGGAGAAAUUUUCCGCACUCAAUCUUAGGAUGUCGACACCGGCGAGGAAGCGAUUGAUGAGAGAUUUCAAGCGGUUGCAGCAGGAUCCUCCGGCUGGCAUCAGUGGCGCACCUUGUGAUAAUAACAUUAUGCUAUGGAAUGCUAUUAUAUUUGGCCCAGAUGACACUCCUUGGGAUGGAGGGACGUUUAAGUUGACUCUUCAAUUUUUGGAAGAUUACCCAAAUAAGCCGCCAACGGUGCGGUUUAUAUCUAGAAUGUUUCAUCCAAACAUUUAUGCUGAUGGAAGUAUUUGCUUGGAUAUUCUGCAAAAUCAGUGGAGUCCGAUAUAUGACGUAGCUGCAAUACUUACUUCUAUCCAGCAAAAUGGUAGCAGCAAAAAUAAUGGAGAAGAAAAAACAUCUAAAGUUGCUGAAUUUCGGGAAUCUUCCGAGGAGCCUGGUGAUGUUGAAGGCUGUGGCGGUCGAGAUAAAGAUGAAGCAGGAGAGAAAUAUUAG